AUGUUGAAAUCCCCACUUUGUUGCCGAGAGUUAUCAGCUUUUGCUGCUCCUCCGUUUUCUUUAUCACAGAGCAAAAGACAGAUUGUUACGGAACGAUGCGAUUCCUUCCAAGUUUCUGCAGCAAAAACCGGAAAUUUCUCUCUUGGUUCGAUAUUCAAAAAUUGCGAGACUUGUGGAUCCAAAGGAGCAAUUGACUGUCCCGGUUGCAAGGGAACAGGUAAAAAUAAGAAAAACGGAAAUAUGUUUGAGAGGUGGAAAUGUUUUGAUUGUCAAGGAUUUGGUAUGAAAAGCUGUCCUAAAUGUGGCAAGGGAGGUUUGACGCCUGAACAGAGAGGGGAAAGAUAG